UGUUUUGUUUUUGUUUUACUCCUCACACAGAUUCCACCGAGUCGUGUAUUGAUUUUGAUUAAUUUUAGAUUCGAAACUUAGAGGUUUUGGUUGAAUAACUCCUCUGCAGGUAUCGAAUACCAUGAGCUGAAUUUUACCAACAACUCGACCGAAAGACAAUAAAAUGGGAAACGAGCACAGCAAUCAGCAGCCGGGCCAGCCUGCCAGGUCCAAAUCGCUUACUAGGGCGGGAAGCAAAGGCCCUGUUGGCCCUGAAAGCGACCUGCAAGAUGACAUCAGGUCUGCCUCGCCAGGUCCGAGCGUUUGUUCCGACUCGGAGCUGCCGUACAUAUCUUACACGGUCAACAGACCCAUCGGCGAUUCUCCAAAGCUGCAGCAGAAACACCUGCAGAGGGGCAACAAGUCUGCCACCUCGUCGCCAGUCCGAACUCGAAACCCACUGAUGACGGCCAAGUCUGUGCAGAGCCGAAUUCGACCAGCCAGUUUUCCAAAUAAAACAACCAAGGCGCACACAAUUGUGGUGGUUAAACCGGCGGUUGAAACCAAUGAUUUGGAGACUGAUGAGGACCAACAAAGGCUGAGGCACACACCAAUGUUUCUACCAAUAAUGAGAGGAACUUUGAACUUGCCCGCUGCUCGCGAUCCUGAAGUGCUGGAGAGACUUGACCCUGGCGGCCUUGUGGGCCUCGGGUCACGGUAUCAGCAACAUUUAGCUCGGUGCUCGGACAUGGUUGCAACUGAGCAGAACCAACUUGCUGCACGAAUCAAAGAAGUGGAUACUGGUUUAAACCGGUUGAUGGGAAAUUUGACUGAGCGGCAGAAACGAUUUGCCAAGUUGGCGGAGAAAAUUGGAAAGGUUCAUGAGGUGUCGGGGCAGCUAAACAGAUGUCAUUCUCUCUUGAACCACUUGAUUGAAAGUAUGGAAACGUUGAACAACUCUCUACCCAUUGAUGAUCGGUUAGAGCCAUUUGUUUGGACCACAGGCUAGUGGAAACAUAUACUGAAAGGACUUGAUAUGAUUUAAGACUUCUUCCUCCGCAUCUCUAGUCGACUGUACAGCCUGUAUUUACAUAUAAAAUUCAUUUGCUCAUAAUGGCCACCCUGAAAAUAAUACAUAUUAUUUUCUAACCACAAACGUUUAAUUAGAUAGGUGAUAAAAUAUUAUAAUUUGCCGAAAUUUAAAUUGCCCGUUAAGCUCCACUUUCUUCAUCAAAUUUAGAAAAAAGCUUGCUAAAUCAUGAGCUCAACAUUGUUGCACAAGAAUGAGUGCAGCCCUCUCACUGUACAUAGAAUUGAUUGAGUCAAACAUUUUUUUAUGGAAUUUUUCACAUGAAUUAAGGCUGCUAAUUGAGUAGAUUUUUUGUUUCGGAAAUACAACCAAAAUCGUCAAGAACCAAAAGCCCGCGCUUAAUCUUUCACCUCUGAAAUUUUUCAUUUGAUAUCUGUUUGGAUGUGAACAAGUGAAAUGUUCCAAAUCGUGCCGAGAUCUGAGCUCCGAUGGCGGCGAUGGCCACGGUAGUCAUGUCAAACAAGAAAUAAGGACGAUUUGCAGAGCUUUAGGUUUCUUUCUCGGUUCAAUAGUGCAGCCUUAAUGACUAGGCACUAGAUUUUCUGGAGUAAUAAUUAUUAUUUGAUAAUAAAUGCUUCAUCAAUAAAGAUGAGAGAGUAAGGUC